AUGACUGCAACAACAACAGCUACAACACUUGCAAGUACAACUGCAUCAACAAUUGGUCAAACAACUACUGCUUCGACCAUUGCAAGUACAACAGCAACAACAUUAGCGAGUACUGCUGCCUCUACUGUUGCCUCCACAACUGCAAGCACAACAGCUUCUACUAUUGCAACUACAACUGGAAAACCAACCUACAACAGCCUCUACAGUUGCUUCCACUACAGCAUCAACCAUUGCAACUUCAGUACAACUGCAUCAACAAUUGGUCAAACAACAACAGCCACAACGCUUGCAAGUACAACAGCAACAACAUUAGCGAGUACUGCUGCCUCUACUGUUGCCUCCACAACUGCAAGCACAACAGCCUCUACAAUCGCAACAACUACAGGUAAACCAACAACCACAGCCACUACAAUUGCUUCCACAACAGCAUCAACCAUUGCAACCUCAGGAUUGAUGACUGCAACAACUACUGCGUCUACAAUUGCAAGUACAACAGCAACGACCAUAGGUGUCUCUACAACAGCAUCAACCACUGCCUCAACAAUUGCAACCACUGCUUCUACAAUUGCAACAAUCACAGCAUCUACAACUGAUAUUGUAUCAACAACUACAGCCAGCACAACUUCACAUGUUUCUACAACAGCUACUACACUUGCAUCUACCAUUGCUUCCACAAUUUCACAUAUAACAACCAUUGCCUCUACUACACAAACAAUGACUACCACCGCAAGUACUACAGCAACCACCACCGCAUCUACAACUGCAACAACCACAGCCAUACCUUCCACUACUGCAACAACCACUCAAACCAUGACUACUACUGCAACAACACUAGCUUCUACCACUGCAUCUACCACUGGUCCUGACACAACUUCAAUGACCAAUACAAAUACUGGCCCUGCAACAACUGCUCCUGCUACUACUGGCCCUGCAACAACCGCUCCAGCAACAACUGCUCCAGCAACAACUGCUCCAGCAACAACUGCUCCAGCAACAACUGCUCCAGCAACAACCGCUCCUGCAACAACCGCUCCAGCAACAACCGCUCCCGCAACAACUUCUCCUGCAACAACUUCUCCAGCUACAACUUCUCCAGCAACAACUGCUCCUGCCACAACUGCUCCGGCAACAACUGCUCCUGCUACCACUGCUGCAACAACAUCCCCAGCAACAACCGCUCCUGCAACAACUUCUCCUGCCACAACCGCCCCUGCUACCACUGCUGCAACAACUUCUCCUGCCACAACCGCUCCUGCAACAACCGCUCCUGCAACAACCGCUCCUGCAACAACCGCUCCUGCAACAACCGCUCCUGCAACAACCGCUCCUGCAACAACCGCUCCUGCAACAACUUCUCCUGCCACAACCGCUCCCGCUACAACAAGACCAUCUACAACCACUCCAGCAACAACUGCUCCCGCCUACUACUGCCCCUGCUACAACAAGACCGUCUACAACCACUCCAGCAACAACAAGACCAUCUACAACCUUUACAACAUUGGCCUCUACAACACAAACAUUAACCACUACAGCAUCCACAACUGCAACAACAUCAAUCUCCACAACACAGACUACAACUCAACUACCACGGCAUCAACUACAUUACCUGUGUCUACAACAGCCUCUACCAUAGCAUCAACCCUAUUCACUACCACAACCAACUUUACUACAUUGGCAUCAACAUUGGCAUCUACAUUGGCUUCAUCAUUGGCCACUACUGCCACAACUACCUACUCUACAACUGCUAGUACAAUAGCAUCCACAACCGCUACAACCGCUUCAACAACAGCCUCAACAAUUGCCACGACCACUGCAUCAACUCUGUUUACUUCUUUACCAAUAUCCGCCAUACAAACAACAACAACAUUACCAGCAACAACCGGUAUAUCAACAACACAAUCAACAACAGCAACCACCACAGGUCCAUUGUCAACAAUCACUCAAACUACCACAGCAACAACAUCUAUUGCUACGACACGACCACCCACAACUACUACAGGUCCCGUUUCUACUACAGCCUCUACAAUAGCAACAACAACAGACUCUGCUUCAACAAUAACACAAACGACAACAGCAUCAACCAUUACCUCACCUAUUACUGCUUCAACAACUGCAUCCACCAUAGCAUCCACCACAGCCUCUACAACAGAUUCAGCUUCAACUAUCACUCAAACAACUACAGCUACAACCAUUGCAUCAACAACUACUCCCACAACACGUCCUAUCACUACAACUGGUCCUAUAACUACCACCGCAUCAACAACAGCAACAACAACAGACUCUGCUUCAACACUUACACAAACAACAAUGGCAUCAACCAUAACAACACCUGUGACUGCUUCAACAACCGCAACAACAACACAAUCUACUACUGCCUCAACACUAGGUCCUAUUUCUACAAUCACUCAAACAACUACUGCAACAACUACUGCUUCGACAACAAGACCAUCUACAACAGGAGUUAAUACAGGUCCAAUAACCACAACAGCCUCGACCACAGCAUCAACAUCUGGUAUACACUCAACAAUAACACAAACUACUACGGCAUCAACCAUAACAGCACCUGUAACAGCAUCUACAACUGCAUCCACUACACAAUCUACAACAGCAACCUUAACAGGUCCACUAUCUACCAUCACUCAAACAACAACUGCCUCAACUAUUGCAUCAACCACAAGACCAGUUACUACACGUCCAAUCACUACAAUAGCAUCUACAACAGCAACAACCAUUGGAGAAGGCUCAACUAUCACACAUACAACCACAGCAUCGACCAUAACAACACCUGUGACUGCCUCUACAACUGCCACCACCAUAGCUACUACCACAGCAUCAACAACAGACUCUGCUUCAACUAUCACUGCUAGUACCACUGCGACAACCAUAGCAUCAUCCACAAGACCAGCUACAGGUAAAACUACAGCAGUAACUAGCACUACUGCCUCCACCACAGCAACAACAAUGGGAGCAUUAUCAACUAUCACUCAAACUACAACAGCAUCAACAACCGCAACAAAUCCCGCUACUACAACAACAACUAUGCCAGCAACAACACUUCCCGAUACUACAAUAACCACAACAACAUCGCCAGCUACAACAUCACCAAGUACAACAUUAGCAGCUACAACUGCAUCGGGUGUUCCAACAACCACAGCGUCAACAACUGCUUCAACCAUGUUUACCACUCAGACAACAACAGCAAGUACUACAGCAAGUACAACAGCAUCGGGUGUUCCAACAACAACAGCCACCACAACAUCGGUUCCCACUUCUGCAUCUUCAAUCACAACCGAUGGUUUGUGUCAAGGAGGAGUUUCACAGACGAAAGAAGAUACAUGGCAGAACGCUGAUGGAACAUACAGUACUCAAGUCACAUUCCUUCUAUGUAAUACAGGUCAACUCCCCAUUACUUCAUUCCAAUUCGAUGUUAUUGGUGAGCCAUUGAAGAAUUACUACGACUUUGUACUGGUCAGUGGUAAUACUUACACCAUUCAAAGCUAUCUACUACCUAUUAAGCCUGGUGAAUGUCGUACUCUUGGGUACAUUACCAACGGUCAAACCGUUGCAAAUAUCGAUAACAUUAAAGUUAGAUGUAGUGGUCCAGUCAAAUAA